ACUCAAUCUUAUCAGGCCAUGGCUCGUGGAAAGAGAAGAAGACAGACCAAGCCUUCGUCAGCACCCGACGAUGAUCGCCCCGACGUCCUCGAGAAAGCCGACAUGUGGAACGAGCGGUUCAGCAAGUACUACAAGGCCCAAAAUAUCAUUCCUGAAGAAGAGUGGGAUAAGUUCAUGGACAGACUCAGAGAACCCCUGCCCACUACUUUCCGUGUUGCUGGUAGCAGAGAAAUAGCGCACAGUCUCAACAGCACAAUCGAGACCAACUACGUCUCCCAGCUCACUGGCGCGACGUUCGAGGGCGAGACUGUUCCCCCUCCCGCGAAGAUUCCUUGGUAUCCCGAUGGUCUCGCAUGGCAGUUCAACGUCUCCAAGAAGGUUUUGCGCAAGCAGCCCGAGUUCAGAAAAUUUCAUUCGUUCUUGGUGUACGAGACUGAAGUGGGAAACAUUUCACGUCAAGAAGCUGUUAGCAUGAUCCCGCCUCUACUACUCGACGUGGAGCCUCAUCACAAGGUUAUCGACAUGUGUGCUGCACCGGGCUCAAAAACCGCCCAGCUCCUCGAGGCCCUCCAUGCACGCGACACCGCAACCGCAACCUCCACCCCGCCCGGCCUCCUCAUCGCCAACGACAGCGAGAGCAAGCGCGCGCACCUGCUCAUCCAUCAGUCCGCGCGCCUGCCCAGCCCCGCGUUCAUGGUCACGAACCUCGACGCGUCCAUCUACCCGAUCAUGCGGCUUCCCAACUCGACGUCGACGACCAGGGGCAAGGUCAAGAACCAGCUGCUGUUCGACCGCAUCCUGUGCGACGUGCCGUGCAGCGGCGACGGAACCCUGCGCAAGAAUAUCGGCAUCUGGAAGAAGUGGCAACCUAUGGAUGGCAAUGGGCUUCAUGGGCUUCAGAUCCGUAUUCUGCAGCGAGCGAUGCGCAUGCUCGAGGAUGACGGCCGGAUAGUCUACUCGACGUGCUCCCUCAAUCCCGUAGAAAAUGAAGCUGUUAUUGCCGCGGCCCUCAACUCCAACCCAGAGUUCGAGCUCAUCGAUGUCUACGACCGCCUCCAGGAACUCGUAAGACGCCCUGGCAUAGCAACUUGGAAGCCAACAGUCGACCGGAACAUUGACACGUCUUUCGCUACCUGGGCUGAUUAUGUGGCUUCAUUAGAAGGCAAACAACCCGCGGCAAAGAUGGCCGAAACCCACUGGCCACCAGCGAAUGCGGAGGAGCUUGGGCUGCCCAAAUGUCUGCGCAUAUAUCCGCAUUUACAAGACACGGGUGGGUUUUUCGUCGCAGUUCUGCAGAAGAAGGGAACAUCCAAGGCUUCCGCCGGUACAUCAGAGCGGAAACGUCCUGCCGAUGAAGUGGCCGAUGCAAAUCCAGAGAACGAUGCCAAAAAGGCCAAAUUCGAUGGCGAGGGCGAGGACGAUGCAACAGCGGCGGACGUCACCAUGCUUGAUUCGUCUGAGCAGACAAAUGCAGACGGUGAUGCUGCCGCUCAACCUGCUGCGCCCUCCAAAUCGAAUACGACAGCGCAACCAAGAAAGGUAUUCGAUACAGGGUUCAGAGAAUCCCCGUACACUUUCCUUUCCCCCGAUGACCCUGCGAUCAAACAAUGCAUGGAACAGCUCUUCUUGGAUCCCUCCUUCCCCUCCUCAAACGUCCUCGUCCGGAGCCCCUCUGGCGAGACCGUCCGCUCGCUCUACCUCACCAACGACAUCGUGCACGCCGUCGUCGCCGCGAACGACUACACGCGCAUACGCCUCCUCACAUGCGGCACUAAAGCCAUCACGCGGCAAGAGGCCAGCAAGGGGAUUGCGGCGCAGUUUCGCAUCCUCGGCGAGGGAUUACCUGUCGUACUGCCGUACACGCGCCCGGACACCAUCCUCGAGGCAGAUGCGGCGGCGCUCAAGAUCCUAUUGUCGGUGUAUUAUCCGCUGUCUUCCUCGUUUGGAGAGCCGUUCAGGAGUGCGGUUGAUGCCCGGGAAACUGGAAGCCACAUUGUGCGCUUCCCCGCCUCCUCUGAAAUCAACUUGACGCACGACUUGCUCGUGCCGCUUUGGAAAUCCAACGUAUCCAUAUCGAUGAUGAUUGACAAAAAAGCAAAAAGUGCAUUGAGUUUACGUCUCUUCGGUGAAGACAUCACCGUCGCUGCUCGCGAAGCAGCCCAAAAGAACCGCGGAGCUCGAGGAAAUGUACCAGCAGCCGCAGAGCCCGCCCCCGAAGUCACUGCUGAACAAGCCGAAGUAGAGCCUGACGGCGAAGAGCAGACAAACGCAGACGAUGAUACUAUUAUUGACGACACUAUUAACGACGAGCAUAGCAAGCAAAACAGUUAGACACAUUACUGGGUAAAGUGUACACUACGAAAACAAAGCAAAAGACAAGCAUCCC